AUGUUAUACGCAAUUGUGUUUCUCGUUCUCAUCGUCGCUAUACUAGUGAUAUGGCUUGUACGAGUCGUGAACGCUCGAUAUCAACGCAGUCAUGCACGGCACCACGGUUCGACGCUUCCUUCUCAGAUACAAGAUGUGUCUGGCAGGCCUACGCUCAUCGGGACUGCGCAAGAAGUGAGGGAUCGGGUAUUCGCACGUCCACAUGAUAACGACCCGGAAUCAUAUUCACCUUAUCAGACAAGACAGUCAAGAGAAAGGAGAGAUGUUGGUGCUGUCAACAGAUUAGGUAGUACCAAUGCGAGUGUAACGAGUCUGCCGGCUUAUGGCGCUGAAUCACUCCCAGUCCCUCCCCACGCUACAUACGACCCUUCACGCGGACGAUCAGGUAUAUCACCAUCGUUCGUACCUCUUUACCCAGAUGCACCGCCACCCAAAUACACGGCGGCAACUACGACUACAGGCAUAACUGUAUGA